AUGUCAAAUACAGUGUCUUGUUACGGUGCUUCAUAUUACAGAUUUGAUUUAAACCAAAACAUCACAGAAUUAAAAAUGACUGCACUGGAAGAAGAAAAACACUAUGUUUGUAUGAAAACACGAAAUUAUAAUGCGAUGAAUAAUUGUUAUCUAGUUGAAGUGACUAAAUAUGGUUUAACUUGCCUCAUGUGCGACAAUAAAUCUCGACUUGUAAAUGGAACAUGUCUACCUCUUGACGAAAAUUGUGAGACGUACAACAAAAACAACAAAGGUGUAUUGUGUAAAACUGGGUUUGUUUUAAAUGAACAAUUCGAAUGUAUUAGUUCAGAAAUUUGUUUAUAUGGCACAUCAACUAAUUGUUACAAAUGUCAAUAUAGUUACAUAAAAAAUGAAAACAAAUGUGUGUUGGAUUUCAAAUGCCAACACAGUGAUGGGAGUGUUAGCAUCAAUUGUCACAACGGAAAUUCAUAUGACAAAUGCGAAAGCUGCACAUCGCAUUGCCGUUUAUGUAAAAACGAAAAAUGUUUUAUUUGUGAUAACAAUUUCAUUCUAAAUAAUGAAAAUUCUUGCGUUGAAAUCGAAGGUGCAGUUUCAAAUGGAAUAUCGACUGUUUGGUGUAAUGACAAUUAUUACAUGGCAAAUGGGGUUUGCAACAAUUGUUCAUCAAACUACGUACACUCUAUAUCAUGUGACAAAAACAAUGCAAUCACAUGUGAAACUAAUUGUUUUAUUACCAAUGAAAGACAAUGCACGUCACUUAUUUGUAUAAAUGAAACAUUUAAUGAAGAAAACGAAAUGUGUGUUUUAGCAAAAGAAGAAUGUGUUUUUAUUGUGAACAACAAAUGUUUGGAAUGUGAUAAUAAUUAUAAUCUUAACAAUAACAUUUGUGUAAGUGUUAUAAAGAACACAACUUCAACUAAAUGUAUUAUGUAUAACAAAUAUAGCUGUAUUACGUGUGACAUUGGGUAUUACUUUUUAUUUGCAAAAUGUUAUCAUGUUCUGAAAAUUGCACAAGUUGUAUUGAAAGUGAUACAAAAUGUUUGUCAUGUAAAUAUGGGUUUUGUAUGGAUGAGAAUUACACGUGUAUACCAAGCACCGAGCUGUUGGGGAAAUGCGACAAAAUAUCACAAAUUAGUGGUGGGUGUUAUCAAUGCAAAGAUGGGUAUUACAGAGUUGGGAUGGAUUGUGUUGAAUGUCUUUCUAAAUGCUCAACAUGCAACACAAAAGACAAGUGUUUGA